AUGUACCCGACGGUAGUGCUUAGGAACGCGCAGGCCGCCUCGAAGGCACCCUCUCCGCACGCGAUGAUCUACCGGCGGUUCGCGAAGCCGGUCGGCAAAAUGCUCACGCUGUGCGUGGGUAGCUACUAUUCACUAUGCUACGCGUGGGAGUGGCUGGAGAAGCGGGAGCGAGCGCUCGAGUCGCAGAAGCAGCAGCGGCGGCGGAGCUCGGAGCUGCCAGGGCCCGUGUAG